AUGAAAUACUUGUCGGGUUCGGAUUCAUUAUUGAGGAAAAAAGCUGCGGAAGAGUUGAAACGCGAACAGGAGAGGAAGGCUGAGGAAAGGCGCAAAAUUAUCGGUCAGAGGACUGGUAGCAAAAAACCAACAGAAGGCGCAAAUGAGGCCGCUUUGCAACAAAUAUGUAAAGAAUAUUACGACAGAAUCGCAAAACUCGAGAAUUUGAAGUAUGAUCUCGAAUACGCUGUCAUACAAAAGGAUUUCGUUGUUAACGAAUUAUCCAUUGAAGUGAACGAUUUGAGAGGAAAAUUUGUUAAACCAGCGCUAAAGAAAGUCUCGAAAUACGAUCAAAAAUUAGAAAGGAUGGCAAAAGUGGCGGCGAAAGCGGAGUCAGACUUUCGCAACAAUUUGAAGAGAGUUCAGUCCCAGAAGUUCACGUUAGCCGACGACGAGAAACAAACUCGUCCGGAUUGGGCUCUCGGAAAGAAAGGCACAGAAAAGGCUGAGACAGAGACCGAAGAGGUUGAACUCGAAGACUAAAUGCCUGACUAUAUAUUGUAGUCAAUUAUUAUUAUAAUUACGAAACAAAUGCAAUACUAUUUUGUGUCUUAUUGUCAUUUUAUGCCUGAAUAUAAAUUGUGGACAAAUAUUUAAUUUUGCUGUCAUUUUGAAAAUUAUAAAAAACAAAGAAUUGUUAUGUAAUUUGCAUUAUAUGUUAAAUAAAGAAUGAAUUUUACAAAAAAAA